CGAAAGGGCUCCUGUAGCGCUCUUUUCUUCACCCCUCAUUUGAGCCACCCCCCAUUCCCCCCCCGCCGAAGAGGGGCCCCCCAAGCACUGGCCUGCGCGCUCAGACUCGGCGUCCCCGCGGCCCGCUGGCGCCGCGCACCAGAGGUCGCGCUUGCCCAGGGUCCCCUCUCGCGUGCAGGCGAGGAGCGCGCCUGGGGCGCUGGCCGAGCCGGACGUGGUCUCGGCGCUCAACGUGCUGGACCGGUGCUCCCGCCCGCUGGAGCUGCUGGGGCAGAUGCGCGCGCUGGUGGCGCCAAGCCGCGGCCGCGUGCUGCUCGCGCUGCGGCUGCCCGUGGAGCACUACGUGCUGACGCCGGCGAUGCGCGUCGAGGCGCCCGAGGAGGCGCUGCUGCCGCCAGACCGGCCAUCGCGGGCGUCGGGCGUGUGGGAGGAGGAGCUCAACGCUCUGGUGGCGGUCCUCGAGGGCGCGGGGCUGGCCGUGGAGUGCUGGAGCAGGGUGCCGUACGUCUGCCAGGGCGAGCAUCCCGUGACCCAGCCCUUCACUUCGGUAGCAAAUCAUGGGAGCCCGGUACGCCCUCGCAGUUCCGUCUUCAGCGUCGAUUAGCGUCGAUUCGCGUCUGGG